AUUCAUCUUAUGAAGUGCAAUUUAUGUGUUCGUGGAUUGGCACACGUCAUACAGCGGGUAUCGUCAUCUUCACUGUCGGCAAAUGAUACCACAAAUCCCGAUAAAAAUCUCGUUAUCGAUAAGUCUUCGAAUAGUCAUUUAAAGGGAGUGAUUAAACCACCACAUUAUCGCAGCACAUCAGGCACAUUCCGUGGAACUCAUAUGCUGAAUGAAGAAUUCGUGUGUCAAGCAGAUAAAACUGGUCAUGGGGCUCGCUUAUAUGAUUAUAUGGAAAUGGGUAAAAUGGUUCGAAAUCUUCCUAAUGUUGCAGAAAAAAUUCGUUUCGUAAACCCUUAUGAACGACCAUGGUCAGCUGCUGAAAAAAAACAUCAUAGAGCUUGGUUACCGAGUCUUUUUUCUCCUCGGAAAGCUUGGAAUAUUUGUACUGUUCCUCGAUAUUUCGAUUGCUUGAACUUUUACAAAUAUAUAACCAAAACAAGAGUAGAACAAGGCGUAGAUCAUUUAUAUGAAGGAAUUGUUCUUUCGACAAAGAAGUUCGAAGUCUGUAAUUCGGCUUCUUCAUUAAGAAAACUUGGUGAAUUGGCUUUUGUUGUUAAAGAUCAAUUGUGCGCUCAAUUACGUCGAAGGAAUCCAAUGACGGCUCUAUUCACAGAAACGGAAAAAAUGAAUAUGCCAAUUUUUAAUGAUGAGACGAUUCUAAAUGAUAUAAUUUUAUCUCCCAAAGUUUAUGGUAUGUGGCCAGAUGAUCAGCCACUAUGGCAAUGCCCUGGUUUUGAACCUGAUUCCGGUGAUGAAUAUCGAUUUGGACAAAUUGCGGUCAAAAAUUGUGAUACUCUAAAUGCAUUAUGUUCAUACUGGAAUGUUCAAGGAGAUGAGGAAUUAAUGGUACGAAAGGAUUGUUUUUCUGCUGCUGCAGUCGCUUCAUUAUUUUCCUGGCUGAAUGGGCAAGCUCAUUCACUAGGUUUCACGCAAUACAACGACAUUGAGCAACCUAUUGUUUCUCAAAUGGUUUUCUCCGAUGGUGUGGACUUCUUCUUUGCUGUUGGUCAGCUCAAUACUAUUGCCAUUAAUAUCGAUGUGGAGGGCUUUGUGAAUAACAAAACGAAUGUUUGCUAUGUGGAUGGACCAUUGAAAUUGUACGAUCGAUAUGAUUCUCAAACAAAUAAAUUCUAUUUUAUUGGUGAUACAGAGGUUGAAGGAUUGAAUCCAAAAGUACUUUCGCGAAUUCUACAAAUGCUUGUUAAAGAAUAA